AUGGCAUCAAGCACGGCGACGACAAYGACGACCCGCAGGCCCAUCAAGAAGAUCUGUUGCAUCGGCGCCGGCUACGUUGGUGGACCUACCAGUGCAGUCAUUGCCAAAGAGAACACCGACAUCACAGUCACCGUCGUCGAUCUGAGCGAGUCUCGAAUCGCAGCCUGGAAGUCCAAAGCGCUUCCCAUCUACGAGCCUGGUCUAUACGAAGUUGUCGAGAUCGCAAGAGAUGGCACCGACGGCCGUCUUCCCAACUUCCACUUCUCCACCGACGUUGCCAAAACCAUCGACGAAGCAGACUUGAUCUUCAUCGCGGUCAAUACCCCCACCAAAACGGAAGGUUUGGGAGCGGGCGGCGCAUCCGAUCUUGCAUAUGUUGAAUCAGCUACGAGGACCAUUGCGGAGGUUGCAACCAGCGACAAGAUUAUCGUGGAGAAGAGUACAGUGCCAUGCGGUACUGCUGAGAACAUUCGCGAGAUCCUCGAUGCGCAUGCCUCCCCCGAUGUUCACUUUGACAUUCUCUCCAAUCCAGAGUUCCUUGCGGAAGGCACGGCGAUCAACGACUUGCUCCGCCCUGACCGCAUUCUGAUCGGGUCCACCAAGGAUGRAAGCGCAAGGCAAGCUGCAGAAGCUCUGACUCAGGUCUACUCGGCAUGGGUACCCCGUGAACGCAUCAUAACCAUCAACUUGUGGUCCUCGGAGCUGGCUAAGCUGGCCGCGAACUGCAUGCUCGCUCAGCGUAUCUCCAGCAUCAAUUCGCUCAGUGCGAUUUGUGAAGCGACGGGCGCGAAUAUUGAAGAGCUCUCCUUCGCAUGCGGCUUGGACUCACGUAUCGGUAGCCGUAUGCUGAAGGCAUCAGCAGGAUUCGGUGGCUCUUGCUUUAAGAAGGACGUGCUGAGUCUUGCGUAUAUUGCAGAGACUCUGCAUCUUCCCGAGGUGUCUGCAUACUGGAAAUCGGUCGUGGAUAUCAACGAGUAUCAGAAAGAGCGGUUUGCGAAGCGGAUUACAAAACGACUGUAUAACACACUGAGGAACAAGAAGAUUGCGGUGCUUGGAUUUGCUUACAAGAAGAACACGGGAGACACGAGAGAAAGUGCAGCGAUAACGAUUGUUGGACAACUUAUUGCCGAGGGAGCAAAGAUUGCCAUUUACGACCCCCAGGUCUCCGAAGACCAAAUUCACCGCGAUCUUGCAAGCACACAUCCAGCGGAAGUGGUCCGACAACGAGUGGAAGUCGUUUCGGACGCGCUCUCUGCGUGUGCAGACGCAAGUGCGGUUGUGAUMCUGACUGAAUGGGAUGAGUUCAAGACCGACAGAGUCCACGAAGCCGGCUCGGCCAAUGGAAAGAUUCAACAGCUCAUCGUUCAGUCCAAGACCGCACGCCGACCCCAAUCAUCCUCCAGCUCGGACGCAGGGAGCGACUCGCACGACAGCGGACUCGGAACGCCUUUGCCAUCCGACAUAGCAGGACAAUUUGACGGAGCACAUGUACAAGCCGAGAAGCGCCUAGAUUGGGUACAAAUUGCUACCUCGAUGAAGCGACCUCGCCUGGUCUUCGAUGGCCGCAAUGUGGUGGACGCCGAAAAGCUCACGGGGAUCGGUUUCACUGUCGAGUGCAUUGGAAGAGCUGGUAGUCGCCAGCGUUUGUUGUAA